GAUUAAUUUCAGUGCCAAGGAGUUGGUGAUAUUAACUGCUACAUUUAAGAGGACAAUACAUUUAUAGGUAAUUCAAUUUUUCUCCUUAGUAACAAUGAAAUACGAAACCGACUCUGACGAAGAUGUACGCUCUGAGAUAUACGAUGAUGUUGCUGAUGAUUGGGAAGAAGAGGCAGAGGCAGAAGAGAAGCGCACAAAGUUGGAAAAGGCUACAAAGGCCAUACUAACGGAGAAGAAGCAAAUUAUACGUGCCCCAACUGUAGUUAAAGAAGAUAAAGAAAUAGAUCUUCCUAUUAAUAUUCAGCGGGAAAUUGAGCGCAUGCAAAUGGAGGCAUCCGAUAUGAAUUCUGCAGUUGAACUUAUCGGUGACCAGGAUAUGAAAUACAUCGCAGACCACCCUGUGAAAACUAAACAAGAUGCAGAGGAACUAGGAGAACUUAUUGCAAAUCGCAUUAUUACCUUUUCUGGGAACGAUAACUUUCCGGAAAUGGUUCAAAAUGUCUACAAGGCCCUCGUCAAGGAUCUUCUCGACCUUCAAAUAGUUAACAAUAAAAUUACUCAGGUGAGUCUUACCCGAGAAGAACUGAAGCGAGGUCACAAGGCGUGAAUAAAGCCCUUGUACGAUAUAUAGCAUCAAGGCUUUUCUUAAAACGGCAAACUAUACAGCAUGGUAAAUAAUAUCGCAGAAUGCGUUAGCCUCAAGCCUGAAAAUGCCCUCAAGGUCAACAAAGUUACGAAUAAAAGUGUGAAAGUGAUAAACAAUGUAAUCUCGUAGUAAAAUCCAUCGACAUUGAAAAUUGAUGUAAUCACUGGAACAUGCGCCUGACAACUAUUUAAGUAAUAAAAUUCUUUCAUUAAAAAGACUUUCUUUUCUAGCACCUAUGAAGUGAACAUAUUUAACAUACCUAAUAUAUAACUAUGGUGUACGGACAAUACAUUGAGAAUAAUAAAAA